AUGCCGGUACCACUUUCCUCCAGCCUGGUGAAACCUUCAAAAUCCUUUGACACAGUGAGACAGACAAUGUCAGGGCACUGGAGGCAUAGCUCCAGGGUGAAAACCUACGGCUAUAGGCUGUCUACCUUUCCACAACACAGGGGGAAGGACAUGCAGCAGCAUAUGAAUACUGCAGCCAACCAGAAGCUCAAGGAGCAGCAAAACUUAGGUUUAAAGUUCUAUGGCCCUUACCCAGGAACACACACCGACCGGAGUUUGUUGCCUCCGUGCUUCCGGGUGCGCUGUGAGCCGCCUCCUCCUCCUCCUGUGACUCUCCACAUCCCUGUGAUCUCUCUCGUAUCUACUUACCUGCUGCUAAUCUCAAGCCCUGCUCAGCACUGUGACAUGCCUGAGCUCAGGAGGAGAGGGCCGGGGGAGCCCGAGCAGGACAACAGCAGUGAUAAGGAAACGGCAGAGGAGAAAUAUGCAGAGGUAGAUGGAGACUCUGCAUUUGAAACAGAUGCUCCAGAUGUUCCAUCAACUGCCGACAGCACGCCAAAAGUGCUCAACAAUGCUCUGUCUGGCUUGUCAUCCAGAUGGAAAAACUGGUGGAUCCGUGGAAUUUUCAGUUUAACAAUGAUCUCAUUGUUUUUUCUUCUUAUAUAUAUGGGACCUCUGAUGUUAAUUAUUUUGGUAUCUGCUAUACAAGUGAAAUGUUUCCAUGAAAUCAUUUCGAUUGGCCACAAAGUAUAUCGCUCCUAUGAGUUGCCAUGGUUCAGAUCUCUGAGCUGGUACUUUCUCUUGGGUGUUAAUUAUUUUUUCUAUGGAGAGACCUUGGCGGACUAUUUUGCCAGCUCUGUUCAGGGAGAAGUGUCCCUUCAGUUCCUCAUUCGAUAUCAUCGCUUCAUAUCAUUUGCACUUUAUGUUAUAGGUUUCUGCAUGUUUGUUUUGAGUUUAGUGAAGAAGCAGUACCGUCUUCAGUUUUACAUGUUUGGAUGGACUCAUGUCACUUUGCUGAUCACUGUCACUCAGUCUCAUCUUGUCAUCCAGAAUCUUUUUGAAGGCAUGAUCUGGUAA